UCGUUUUUGUUAAAUCGCGCCUGAUUGGCCAGCUUAAACGUAACGCCUCUUAUGAUUGGACAAAAAAGUAUCCUAUUGACCGAAGGUGGAAUCCCAAAGUCUGGAACACCAAAGAGAAAAAAAAAUUCCAGUCACCAAACUGAACCAUGCGCCUCCACCAACCAAGAGGGUUUGACUAAUUCUUAGGAAGUCGUUUUUACUCAAGUUGGAUGAAUUUGUCGUCCGACCCUUUAACAGCCGCCGUACGAUGUUUUGUUUCACUUGGUCUCGUUUUUGGACCGUCGUCACUGUCCGCUUCUAGCGACGCUGUUCAACACACAGAUGGGCUUUGGAUUUCAGAAAAAAUGGGAUUAUAAAUCAAGACGGUAUGUUUUGCUGCGUCUUUUUGGCACUGAAUCGUCAGUGUGGGCUUUUACUCACAGCAGGAUUUUAACCAAAGUUAAAUGAUGGCGUUCCGUUGGGGUCCUCCCUGUGAAGAUGAGGAGAAAAGAGCACGGUUUUCUUUCUGUGAGAGCGACUAUGGAGCGUGGAGGACUUUGGCAGAUCCUUUUGCAACAGAAGAGGAACCAUUUGCAUGGCAGAGGCCUAAAACUCUGCUUUUACGACGCACAUCCCAAGGAUUCGGGUUCACCUUGCGACAUUUCAUCGUGUAUCCUCCGGAAUCGAGCAUGCACGGCUUCCCGGUGGAAGAUCAAGGCCGCAGAGGGAGGCAGCAGAAUAGGCUGGACGCCAUGGACACUAUAUUUGUGAAGCAAGUCAAGGAAGGUGGUCCUGCUCAUGAAGCUGGGCUUUGCACAGGGGAUCGAAUAGUGAAAGUGAAUGGAGCUAGUAUUAUUGGGAAAGCCUAUGGAGAGGUGAUAUCUUUGAUUCAAGACAGUGGAGACUUUCUUGAACUGUGUGUGAUGCCAAAAGAUGAGGAUAUUCUACAGCUGGCUUAUUCCCAGGAUGCCUACAUCCGUGGCCACAGCAGCUACAGUGGAAAUGCCAGCCACAUCCCUGAUCCACCACCAGUAUGUUACCCAAGAAUAGACUGUAAGCCAACGGGCAUGGCCCAGGCAACAGAUAUAACGGGGCAGGCUGGCAGAGGGCUAAUGGCAACUCCUGACCACGGGUAUCGCAAGGAAAUCACCGUACCGCCAUCUCCUCCCCGUCAGCCAUACCCUAAAAGUCAAACUGCAGUGCGCAUGCACAACAACAAUGUUAGGACUGUGGUGGUUCCUCCUAAUACAGCCCAUUUGGGGCGCAUGGGUCCAGCACACAGGGCGGAUUUCACAGGACCUGCCUUUUUCAGGGGGAGACCUGGAUCAUUAGCCCAGUAUCCUUACCCCCAAAAGGCUGAUGUCUACCCUGGUGGUCCAGGUAUGAUUCUAAUGGGAGGUCAGGUACCUCAGUACCCAGGCAACCAUCAAAACAUUGACUGGCGCACAUACCAAACUUACAGGGAGUAUAUCGACAACAAGGGAAUUCAUUCCCAUGGCAGUCGGACUAUCCAAGACAGGCUGGACAGUUUACGAACUGCCAGUCAGAGUUCUUUUCCCACUUCCCAUCACAUUCCCCGAGGUGACUGGGCCCCUAAGGAUAUACGACGCAGGAGUACGUCCCAUGAACGAUCAUACCAAGUACCCCCACUUCACUUUCAGAUUGCCCCACGUAGUGUUUCACAAGACCGCAUGAUCAAUGCUGACAAGAUUAGCCGUGCCUCAGACUGGCCCCCUCGAAGUGCAUCUCAAGACGGCCUUGUCCACAAAGCUCGAGUACGCACUACAGACUAUUGUGAUCCAGCAGAACUAGCUUGGUCUAAUGAGAGGAAAAUAGGACUUGGAAGGGCAGACCAAGGCACAAGGCCGACCAGACAGUCAAUGCCUAGACAAGCGAUGCUUUGUCGGCCCUCUAUUGGAUAUGGGGGUGCCACGAGGGUGCCAACAAACCCUUCCUUCUACCACAAAGGACCAAAUUUUAACCAAACCCGAUCAUCACCCAUCCUCUCCGAUAGGACUGUAUAUUAUGGAAAGAGCAAAAGUGUUGAACAAUCUUUCUCCGACCAAAGAGUUUCAGUCAAUCUAGGCCAAACUAGCCAACAAGGCCAAAGCAGGAUGCGAGCAGAAACCAUGCACCCUGCCGAGACACGAAGAGAUGAGCCAUUGAGAGGAGUUCGAUCUGCAUCAUGCUCUGCUUCAAAAGAGCUCCCCCAAAGGCCUGCUAUCCCGAAUGUACCCCAACCAAAUGCUCUGAGUGAAAUCAAUGGGCAAAGUCAGUCGGAGGCUGGGGUGGUUCUAAGGCAGAAGCCCCCCUCUGGAAAGAACCCAAGUCCCCUGCGGCACCAAUCCUACAUCCUGGCUGUGAACGAUGAAGGAGCGGACGUGAUGGCAUGCUAUCUUCCAAACGAUGCACGUCGAGAGAUGCAUAUGCGCCGCCUCGAGGAACAUCACACCUCCUGCUCCAGCAACCUGGAUGAGUCUCUGGACUCCAUUCCAUUCAUUGAUGAGCCGGUCAGCCCCAGUGUUGACCAGGAGGCGACUCAUAUUCCUCCCUCUGCUGUGAUAUCUGUUGCACCAUCCAUAGCCACAGCACCUUCCAGUCAAGGCUCACCAUGUCUUCCCAUUCGUCGUCAGCUAUCACAUGACCAAGAAUCCAUGCGAAGUGCUUUGUUGGACUCAGACUCUGCCAGUAAAACCGAGCGCUCCAAGUCUUAUGAUGAGGGCUUGGACAGCUACCCAGAAGAGGGCAGGGGAAGAUCUUCUAGCAAACAAAUAUCAGGUUUCAGGGGACUACGGAAGACUCUGGAUGGGACUAAACCUGGAGAUACUGGAUCCCGCAGGGAGUCUUCUUCAUGCAUCUUCCCUGAUUCUUCCAAAGAGGGGUAUCUUAACUUCCGACAGCUUUGCGCAGAGAAAAACAAGCGUGUCAGCGGAGGCUUGAAGUCAUGGAAGCAAAUAUAUGCUGUUUUACAAGGUCAGACUCUGACCCUUUACAAAGAUCGGAAAGACGCACAGUCGGAAGAAGACCCACUGCGGAUCGGCGUCAAAGCCUGCCUGAUUGACAUCUCCUAUAGUGACACAAGACGGAAGAAUGUGCUGCGAUUAACCACCACAGACUGCAAGUAUUUGUUCCAGGCAGAUGGCAAGGAGGAAAUGUUAUCAUGGAUCAAAGUCAUUCAGGAUAACAGUAACCCAGACGAAGAGAAUGCUGCGGUAACCAGCCAGGACCUGAUCAAUAAAAAGAUCAAAGAAUACAACAUGAGCUCGUCCAGCAGCAGAUCUGAACCCUCCCCAAAAACAGGCAGGCAGUCACUUAGCAUCAGGCAAACUCUGCUGGGGGGGAAAAACGAUGGCAGGGUUCUUGGUCCCCAUUCACCUAAAAUGGGAGAGGAGCGGAGGACUCUUAAAGACGAGGCGAGUCCUCCGCGGGACAGGGGAGCCUGGAAAAUCGGUAUUCCAGGAAUCAUGAGGAAACCCUUUGAAAAAAAGACUCCGGCGGGCAUCACGUUUGAAAUCCGGCUUGAAGACUGUCCACCUUCAAAAAGUAACGAGUUUGUUCCGCUCAUCGUGGAGCUGUGCUGUAACAUUGUGGAGGAGCGCGGGCUGGAGUUCACGGGGAUCUACAGGGUUCCUGGGAAGAAAGCAGCCAUCUCCAGCAUGCAGGAGGAGCUGAAUAGCAAAGGCAUGGCGGACAUCGACAUCCAGGAAGAGAAAUGGCAGGACUUGAGCGUCAUUAGUAGUUUACUAAAAUUGUUUUUUCGGAAACUCCCAGAACCUCUUUUUACAAACGAGAAGUAUGAUGAAUUUAUCGAAGCCAGCAAAACAGAGGACCCAGUGGAGAGACUUAAGAACCUCAAGAGACUGGUUUAUGAACUACCGAAGCAUCAUUUUGAAACUCUUAAAUUCCUUUGUGCUCACCUCAAGAGGGUUUCUGACAACUGUGAAAAAAAUAAGAUGGAGCCUCGUAACCUGGCGAUCAUGUUUGGUCCUACUCUGGUCCGAACCUCAGAAGACGACAUGACCAACAUGGUCAAUCACAUGCCAGAUCAGUGCAAGAUAGUCGAGAACCUCAUCCAGCAAUACGACUGGUUCUUCACAGAAGAAUGCGAACAAGACCCUAUCACAUCAGCAGACCAGGAAGGCACAGUUCAGUCCCAACCUGUGCCCAACAUCGACCACUUGCUCCCAAACAUCACUCGCAGCUCAACCUCACCGGGGGAAGUCUCAGACUCGGCAUGUAGUGACUCCUCCAAAUUAGUGUUCGGCUCCUUCUUUGCUAACCGCAAACGCAAGAAGGCCAAGGACAGAACUGUGCUCAACAGCUCAGAUGACGACCUGGAUGCUGUUUUCACUAAGGAGGAGGUGCAGAAGGAGGGCCAGCAGCAGCCUCUCUGGUCCCCCGACAGCCAGAUUGAGGUGGAUGUGCAGACGGAUGAGAACAGCGACAAAGAGAGGGGCAGGGACAGCUCCAAGGAAGAGCUGGACAAGCCCACCCGGGAAGAGCCUUACCCUCCCGACUACUUGUCUGCCGAGCACAUUUCCUCCACCCUUCAAACCGCUUCACCCUACACCUUUCCAUUCCAUUCCCCAAAUCUCGGCUACUCUGUGCCUAAGGCUCAAGAGUCGUCCCUGUCAGACGCGCCUACCAGCUAUGACGACGUGGUUUCUGACCUCGGUACGAUGAACAGCACCAGCUCCCAGGCGUCUGUGCCCAGAACCAGGCGGGGGAGGGCGGCAGCUCUGGGAAUGGAGGCUUGCCCGAGCGGUCCAGGAGCCGAGGUUUGCUCGAUCACCUCGGACUACUCCACCACCUCUUCCAUGACCUUCCUGACCGGAGCUGAACACAGCGCGCUCAGCCCCGAAGUGCAGUCCGUGUCCGAGAGCCGAGGCGGAGACGACGCCGACGAUGAGAGAAGCGAGCUCAUUAGCGAGGGGCGGCCGGUGGAGACAGACAGCGAGAGCGACCUGUCAGUGUUUACUGUCGGGAGGGCGGAUCACCCAGAGGUGCAGGAAGUUCCUCGGGCCUUCCCCACUCAUAGGCUCAUCGAGUGCGAUACGCUGUCGAGAAAAAAGUCUUCCCAACAGAAAACCGACAGCGAGUCGUCCCUGGAUGGAGCUCGCAGUGAGAAGGACUCCAGCAAACUGUCACGCGGUUCCGGUUCAGUGAAGGGCCGCUCCACCGGAAGCCUCAGCGCCUCGUCCCGGAAUGAGCUGGACAAGACGGAGCCAGCGUGGAAACUGAAGAUCACAGACAGGUUGAAGGUCCGGCUGCGAACGUCGGCUGAUGACAUGUUUGGCGUGGGCACUCAGAGGAGUCAGUCCCCGGAGACCCGCAGUAAGAAGAAGAAGAACAUCAGGCGCAGGCACACCAUGGGCGGACAGCGGGACUUUGAAGAGCUGUCCGUUUUGGGGGUGUGGUCUCAGCAAGUCGGCGGCGGAUCAGGCUCGCGGUCGGAACUGUCGGCUGUGGACCGGCUGAAACCCAAGUGUAGCUCUCAGGACUUCUCCAUCGGAGACUGGAUAGCCAGACAGCGCCACCGCACCAGCAAUCCCGAGGUCAGCUUUGACCUCUCUGAACAGCAGGGGGGGCUGUGUCACAGCAACUUUCAGAACCCAGGGCCCUCAACCUCUUCUGAAGCCCCACGGCAUGCAGCCGAACCACUAAGCGGAGACGCCCCCCCCAGUAAAAACCUGAGCCUGUCCGCCACCGCACACCCUCAUAAGCUCAACAGUUCCCAGGUGGUCCAUUCCCGUUUUUAUCAGUACCUGUGAGGCGCGUAAGAAACACUACGUUUUCCAUGUGUGAGUGUCCGUCUACUGUUGUGCGACCAAUGUUCAUUAAUGAGCAUGUUUACAAAACUCGUAUGCAGCGCGCGUCUAUAACCGGAAGCAGCAUCACUGCUGCAUACAGGGAUGUUGCUCUCGGCAUGAAACAAACAUGGUUUCUAUUUUACUUUUAUUUUCCUUAUUUUUUUACGACUCCGUGGAGGAAAGCCUCCAUCCCGAUAGAAGUUCCCGUCGCGCGUUGAGGGUCCGGUUGGCUCGCCAAUCCACGAGCAUGUGAAGGCGCGCUGAAGAACAUGUGAACUCCAGAUUGGGUUAAUGUUUUGUUAAGGUUAAGGCUGACCUACUAAUAAUAAUUCUAGUAUUGCAGAGGAAGUAUUUUUAUGUAAAGAAAGUUACAUGUUAAAGUUAGUGUGGCUGUAGGUAACCAAAUGAAGAAUGUACAGACAUGCUCGCUGUAAUACCGACUAAAAGCUUUACAUGCUCGUGUUUCAUUCAAGAGUGUACAUAGCCCUAUUUUUCUCUGUACUUGAAGUGGGGUUUUUUGGUACAGUCUGUGUGUGUGUGACUGCCUACUCUGCUGUCCAAGAGGCCUUUCCAAAGGUACGACGUUUCGAUGAGGAGACACUGGACUUAUGCAAAUGAAAAAAAAAACUAUAAAAAACACUUCACGUUCAUCUCUGUGCGCUUGGGGAAAAAAAAAAAAGCUGCAAACAGCGUGGAAGGAAGAAGUUAUUGAUCAGGAAUUGUUUAUCUACUAAAGAAAGUGCCUCGACGAAAUGUUUAGGGUGCCAUACUGUCUUUGAGCUACGCGAGGUGUUACUGUGAACGACGUUUUUAUGGCCGACUCAUUCGACAGGUGAAGUAGAUGCCGAGCUUCCAUUCUCAAGGCAUUCCACUCUGGUCUUAACCUGUUUUAUACACAUUUAUCCCUCUGUUUUUCAUCUGCUUUUUUCUUUUUUAAACUGAACUUGAAUUUUAAAGAUUCUUUGUGAAAUAAGUAAUUUAAAUGUUCAUAUAGAAAUGCCACAUUUUAGCUGCUUUACUUUGUUUUUACAUCUGCUGUAAGGAAUAGGAAUAAUAUUGUGAGAAGAUGAUUCGAGUGUUGGGGGCCGUUUGGCGCCUCUCUGUGGAGACGGGUCAUUUGUAGGACACUUCAAUCGACUUUUCCAUCUUUUGUAUCGGUGCAGUGUUCCUCUGAAUGUGUGGCGGGGGGGAGGGGGGUACACAGACUCCUGAAAUACUGGAAAUAAAUCACUUAACGGUGGCAAA